AGCUUUUGCGGCUUGCAGGCGUGGAGAGCCUGCCACGCAACCCAACAACAUCGAUAUGGUUUUCUUCGCUGAUGCAGUGUGAGCUCCCUGUGGGUUGUUUCUCGUGUCCAGUUUCUCGUUGAUGCAGUGUGAGCUCCCCGUGGGUUGCUUCUUUUGUGUCCAGCUGCCGAAGACGGCGUUUCUGGCGAACUGAUGGGCGUUGAAUCUGCGGUUCCCUCUGUACACGGCGGCGCCUUGGGGGCGCCAUAUGUUUGUAGGCGCGGCCUUCUGUCGAGUUCGGCACGGCAGCGUCGAGCACCUGCAGUUGCCGUUCUGAUGCUGCUUCUCUGCGAGCUCGUGCUGCUGGCGUGCCGCCUGCCAUGCCGAGCUGCCGCUGCGGGGCGCGAGUGGACGGCACCACCAGAAUCGGGGAAGAUUCGGCGCGUGCUGCUUUUGCGAAGCCAGGCGUUGCUGGUAAGGCUGGAUUCUUCGAGCUUGCCCCUGGUUAUACUGAGGCUAAGUUGCUGAAGGACUUCACGUCGUGUUCCCGUACGCACAACCUCCGUAUGAAGUACCGCCAGAAGCGUUGGGAAAUGUAUUGUUCAAUUGCAAUGCUGGUUGAACGGGGCGUUAUACCUUCUUCUGCGAAGGCAGCGAACCGUUUCAAGAAGCUCGAUGUUAACCGUGGCCAGCUCGAUCAGGUCAUUGCCAUGUUGGCAUCUGGACCGUUGCCAAUGGAGAGACCUGAUGGACUCAGAGCUGGCCGCAGAGGUGCACAGGCUGCAGGACCAGACCUGGUGGAGCACGACUGAGACUCUGAAGUCCGCUUCUCAGUAGCGUGUCCAACGGCUGUGGCCAGUCAUGCUCUCUUGCUGGUGUGCAUCCGCUAGGAGCACGGUCCACGCGUGCUAGGGUGUGCGCGCGGGUGGAGCACGAUGGGCUCAGGGACUUGUAUCCGCCAUUUAGCGAGUAAGCUUUGAGUAUCAGCUCCAGGUGCUCGCUCUGGCGGUGCUGAUCCGCACGCUCACUACAGGCCGAAUGCGGAGCACCCCGCAGUUGCGGAUAAGCGCGAUGGGGACGACGGGGUUGUCGGCAGGCUGCGAGGCUCUGAAGAAGCCCGCGGCAGGCGCCGAUUUUUUUUCAGACGAAUUUUGCCAAUAAUCAUUCUUUAGAAAUGAGAAUUCAACAACAACGCAGCAACAUUCCGCACCGCGGAACCCCACUUCAGUCACGCGCCCAGGGAUAAUCAAUGACCGUUCGGCCCCCUCACUCUGACCAUAUGUUAUGCACUUGCGUGGCCAUUGGUUAGUAUCACAGCUCGACCUCGGACUUCUUUGCCGAGCGCCAGGCGGUGAUCGUUGCUCAGCUUUCUGUGAAGCCCGCUCUUCUAGUUUGUGAACGCCUUGCUCACUAAUCCAGCUGCGGCUACUCAGGUGUUGUUCGCAGAUCAGGUGAGCCCGUUGCUUUUCCCCGCGCCCGAGCGUGUCAAUCCUGCAGGGGGAACCAGAAGAACAACACUUUGCUCGAGACAUCCUCAACAAAUCUAUGUUAGACAUCCGCCUGGGCGACCUGGGCACGAGAACCAAAGCGUCUCGCUCGAGACGUUC